CAUAAAUAAAUAUUCUUUUUAUUAUACUAUUAUACUUAUUAUUAUGUUCCAUUUCUAAAAAUGAAUUUAACGAAUACAUGUUUAUUUUAGUUGUGAAUUUGUGUUAUCUAUUUAACAUAGUAUUCAUUUUAAAUUUCUUUAAUUUACGUAUAAAGUGAUCAAUAUAUAGUUGACUCUUGAUUUUGUUUGAGGUUAAUUCGACAUAGCAACAUGGUGCAGGCUACUGAUGAAAUGGAACAGCCUGACCUGCCACACGCCGUUAAUUUGUUGAAGGAAAUGAAUACUAAUAUACAGCAUGUAUCUCAGCUUGUAGAUAACAUGCUGGUAAGAGUGAAGAGCGGCGAAAUCUCAACUGACAGCGGUCUUGGUUUCUUAGAAAUGAAAUAUCAGAUGCUAUUGAGCUACUUAAUUAAUCUCACCUUCAUUGUACUCAGAAAGUGCUCUGGUGAAAGAAUAGAAUCUGAUCCUUCUAUUGACAGACUAGUCGAGAUAAGAACAGUACUUGAAAAAAUAAGACCCAUAGAUUCAAAAUUAAAAUAUCAAAUUGACAAACUUGUAAAGACUGCUGUUGUGGGAGCUACAUCUGAAGAUGAUCCACAUUUAUACCAUGCUAAUCCAUCUAAUUUAGUCAGCAAAUUUGAUAAUGAUGAAGAAGGGUCAAGUGAUAUAUCAGGUGAUGAGGAAGAUAAAGACAAAGCAAAUAAAUCUAAUAUAUAUGUACCUCCUAAAUUGGCGGCAGUUCAUUAUGAUGAAAGAAUUUCACAUAGUGAUGAUGGGAAUAAAAAUAAGGAACGGUCAAAGAAACAAUUUUUGAACUCAAAUGUCAUGCGUGAGUUACGUGAAGAGUAUUCUGAAGCACCUAUUGAGGUCAGUACUGGGAAUCAUGUGAAACAUUCAAUAUCCAAACUAGAACAAGAAAAGACUGAAUAUGAAGAGAAUUAUCUUACUCGUUUGCCUGUUACAAAAGCAGAGAAAAAUAGAAGAAAAAACCUGACAACAGUUGGUGUGCUAGCAGAUGAAAUAACUGGACAUGUCACUGGCCGUAAUGUAUCACGUAAACACAAAAUGAAAUCAAAAAAAGGAAAAGGUUUUAAAAGAAGGCGUACACAUUAAUAUUUCAAUAUGUUAGUGAGUCUAAUCACUCCCCUAACUGAAAUUUUAUUAAAUUUUCACUUGGGAUUAGACUGACUAUGAUUGCUUUUACUAGCUUUUAAGUGAUUGCAGGGUUUUCACAAGCUGUGGCUUAAGUUAAAGAAAAAUGCAAAGUACAUAGACAUAAACCUACAUAGUUAUAUUUAAUUUACCAGUUGUGGUAACCUAUAUUUUAUAAAUAUUAGGUUCCAGUUUCAUUUCUAUACAGAGACUUUGUACAUUAGAAACUAUUUUAAAAUAAUAAAUGAGUAAUUGCAUAAUAUUAAUUAUUAAUUUUAAAAAGAAUUUGAUUAUCAUCUAUGAAAGAAAUAAGUGGGUAUAGUAUGAUAAAUUAAAAAAUGUGGGUUAUUUUAAGAAUUGUCUUAUACAUCUUGACUUGAUGCAAUUCAGAUUUAAUUGUAGUUAUUACUAGUUCGAAUUUGAAUGAAAAAAUUUAAAUGACAAUCAAAUACUGUUUUCAAGUUUGAAACAUAUAUGUAAAAUUGAAUCCUCCUGUCUUGUACCAAAAAUUUUUUUAUAUACCUAAAUAAAUGCCACCAUAGUUCACCAUAGUGCAUGGAGACUCUGUUUGUGUACAAGUGUUAUAUAUACAAAUAAUACAGUUUGAUAACAAAGUUGCCUGUUUUAAUAUCGCACCCUUAACACAAUACUGCAUUAACUAAGAAUUACAAAUAUUGCGAAUUCAACAUAAAAAUUCUAAUUUAAAAAUCUAGUUAGAAAAAUCUUUUAAAUUUAUUUAAUGUAAUAUUGUGUGCGAUAUCAUAGAAUAUUCACUUAUACAGCGUCAUUUUUUAAUCACUAUCUAAAUAUUCAUGUUGAUUUCUAUAAAUGUUAUAGUGUUAAAAUAAUUGCCCUGCAUGCUGUUAUAAUGCCAUUUAAUAUCAUAUGUUUAAAUUCUAAGGGAAGAUGUGUGAUGGAAGUAAAAGAAUGUGUAGGAAGUCCCAUGAUUAAUAGCAUUACGUUUGACAUUAUAGAUUACAUAGAAUUUUUUAUAACAUUUAUCAGAGUAUAAAAUUAAUAAUGAAAAAAAUAUUUACACUGGACAAAAUGCUUAUAAGACUAUCAUUUCUAUGACGAUGUAGAAGAUUAUGAAGUAAACGCGUGAGAAUGUUUGCCCAUAAUCUCGUAAAUACAUACCAGCGUGAUAUGAGGCGUUAUUUUUUUUUUAUUGGAUUUUAUAGUGAAUCCAAGGGCCAGCUGUGAAACCCUAGUUUUCUUUUCUAUUAUGUUAACAUAUUGAGUUUUUUUAUUUAAAAUGUUAUGUUUAUUUUCUUUUCAAUCAUGUUAUGUUCCAUUU